CUUCCAUUUCUUUCGCCCUUCUCUCCCUCCUCUACUAAAACCCCCCUCCUACUUCCACUUCCUCAUUCAAGACACACACAUUACCCUUCUCUCUCACAAAAUCUACCCACACUAACACACACCGUGUCACUUUCAUUGCCACACACAACCACACUCUUCUCUUCCUCAUAUAUAGUGUACUCAUAAAACAUCAAAUUUAACCACAACUUUCUUCCUAUUCAAUGGGGGAUUCACCACCACCAAACUCAGAUACAGAGACAAUAACUAGCAGCACAAACUGCGCUUCACCAUGUUCACCAUUGAGUUCAAGCUCAAGCAGCAAAACUGAAGAGAAGAGAGGGAACAAGAGAGGAAGAGAUACCAGUACCAAUACCAAUAGCAAGCAUCCAGUUUACAGAGGAGUCAGAAUGCGCACGUGGGGAAAAUGGGUAUCCGAAAUCCGGGAGCCACGCAAGAAGAACCGAAUCUGGCUCGGCACCUUCGCCACCGCCGAGAUGGCGGCGCGUGCACACGACGCGGCGGCGCUCACCAUCAAAGGCUCAUCUGCCAUCCUCAACUUCCCUGAACUCGCCGCCUCCCUGCCCCGGCCCGCCUCCAGCUCACCGCGUGACGUCCAGGCUGCCGCCGCCAAAGCGGCCUCCAUGGUCACCAUCUCCCCUCCAUCUCCGGCGUCGUCGUCUGCUGCGUCGACGCCGGAUGAUGAGGACUUAGGGGAGAUCGUGGAGCUGCCGUCGCUCGGGUCGAGCUUCGACUCGCCCGACCCCAGCGGCGGCGAGUUUGUGUUUUUUGACUCGGUUGAUGGGUGGCCCUAUCAAUGGGAUCAUGGCAUUUAUGGUGAGGAACAAGGUGGGGGUGGGUACUUCAACACGAUAUCAAUGCAAGACUCAGAGAGCAUGGUCCUUUCAUUGUGGUCUUGAUGAUGAACAUAUCAAAAUCAAUGGCUCUAGCUUCUUCUUCACUUCUUAAUUUGUGCCAACAACAAUGUUAAUUACCCAUCAAUAAUGUUUUUUGCCUUAGUUUGUGUGUAUUGUUCACCACUAAUCAACUAAAAUUUUCAAAAUACUAGUAGCAUUUACAUA